AGGGAACCAUUCCAAGCCUUUUUCCGAUAUAGGAUGAGGCUGGCUAGCUUGCGCUUGGUUAUAUAGGAGACGCUUUCCUUGCCAAACACACCACUACAGGCACCCUGGUUGGUGUUCCCUUAUGAGCACCAAGGAAGAAACCUGAACAGAAAAAUGUAUGGGGAAUUCCUAAAUUCAACGAGUGCGACCGACCCUCACCUGAUCAUUCAGACCAACACUCCCUAUAUAGGGAGCACCCAGAGACCUGUCAGCUCCUCUGCUUUUUACAUGUCAACAGCCAGAGUGUUAAAAGAAGGUGAGAUAAACAAGCCUGAUCUGGUGACUUACAUUGUGCUCUUCUUCUUCCUGCUCCUGGCUGUGACAAUAAUUGUACUUUUUAUUAACUGCCAGUUGAAAAAUUCCUUUUUCGCCACACUACCUUACGACAGAUCGCUGCGGGAAGCUAGGAGUCCAUGGAAAACGCAAGCUGUCUAAUCUUCAGAGGGAGAAAGAGGGGGAAGAAAUGUUUAAUAUGACAGA